CAGGCUUCUUACAUUUGCUCCUGUUCUCCAAGCAGAUCCGCCGUCUAGCUUUGGCUCUUCUUUGACACUCACGGUUCUGCGUCUGCUUGACCGUGAAAUGAAGGGACAAACCCGGCGCUGCACCUGCCCCUCCAUUCCUGAGGGGACUUUUGCUGGCUUCCCUGGGUCUCCGAGCAGGCUGGUUCGGGGUGUUUGUGGAGCGGCCCAACUUCUUCCGUGACUGCAGGGGCAGCAGGGAGAAGACGGAGCCCCUCAGGGUCCAGUGGCAGCCCUUCCCUGGCAGGCCAGCUCCUUGAGGCUGCCAAGGGCACGGCCUGCCUCUUUCUGGUAUCCGGAGGAAGCCAGUCCCCUCUGAAGCCAUGGCCCCUUUCUGUCCUGCACUCCAGUCCCUGGUGCUGUGGCUACUUGUGAUACCUGCAGUGUUGGCACAGCAAGGCCCCCACACCCUGGCCGAGGACCGCCUCUUCAAACACCUCUUUGGAGGCUACAACCGUUGGGCGAGGCCCGUGCCCAACACUUCCGAUGUGGUCAUUGUGCGCUUUGGACUGUCCAUCGCUCAGCUCAUUGAUGUGGAUGAAAAGAACCAAAUGAUGACCACCAACGUGUGGCUGAAGCAGGAGUGGAAUGACUACAAGCUGCGCUGGAACCCCGCUGACUUUGGCAACAUCACCUCCCUCCGGGUGCCUUCGGAGAUGAUCUGGAUCCCCGACAUUGUCCUCUACAACAAUGCAGACGGAGAGUUUACGGUGACCCACAUGACCAAGGCCCACCUCUUCUCCACGGGCACCGUGCACUGGGUGCCGCCGGCCAUCUACAAGAGCUCCUGCAGCAUCGACGUCACCUUCUUCCCCUUCGACCAGCAGAACUGCAAGAUGAAGUUCGGCUCCUGGACCUACGACAAGGCCAAGAUCGACCUGGAGCAGAUGGAGCAGACGGUGGACCUGAAGGACUACUGGGAGAGCGGCGAGUGGGCCAUCGUCAACGCCACGGGCACCUACAACAGCAAGAAGUACGACUGCUGCGCGGAGAUCUACCCCGACAUCACGUACGCCUUCGUCAUCCGCCGCCUGCCGCUCUUCUACACCGUCAACCUCAUCGUGCCCUGCCUGCUCAUCUCGUGCCUCACCGUGCUGGUGUUCUACCUGCCCUCCGAGUGCGGCGAGAAGGUCACGCUCUGCAUCUCCGUGCUGCUCUCGCUCACCGUCUUCCUGCUGCUCAUCACCGAGAUCAUCCCGUCCACCUCGCUCGUCAUCCCGCUCAUCGGCGAGUACCUGCUCUUCACCAUGGUCUUCGUCACCCUCUCCAUCGUCGUCACCGUCUUCGUGCUCAACGUGCACCACCGCUCGCCCAGCACCCACACCAUGCCGGGCUGGGUGCGGGGGGCGCUGCUCGGCCGCCUGCCCCGCUGGCUGCUCAUGGGCCGGCCCCCACCCGCGGCGGAGAUCCCGCAGCCCCGGGACCCGAAGCUCAGGCCUUCCUAUCACUGGCUGGAGAGCGACGUGGAUGCGGACGAGAGGGAAGAGACGGAGGAGGAGGAGGAGGAGGAGGAGGAGGAGGAGGAGGAGGAGGAGGAGGAGGAGGAGGAGGAGGAGGAGGAGGAGGAGGACAGAUGGGCGUGUGCGGGCUUCCCACCCCCCUCGAUGGGGAUCCUCUACUCGCACGAGGGCCUGCACAUGGGAGUGCCGGGGCCCGAGGCCGAGGCCGUGUCCCCCCCAGCCGGUGAGCUCUUCCUGUCACCUCAGAUUCGCGAGGCACUGGAAGGCAUGCACUACAUUGCUGACCACCUGCGGGCGGAGGAUGCCGACUCGAUGGUGAAGGAAGACUGGAAGUAUGUGGCCAUGGUCAUCGACAGGAUAUUCCUCUGGUUGUUUAUCAUCGUCUCCUUCCUAGGAACAGUUGGGCUCUUUCUUCCUCCGUUCUUGGCUGGAAUGAUCUGACCUCAUGUCCCUCCGUCUUGCAAGUGUCAUCUUUCAUCUUUCACUGCGCCGCCUCUGGGGUACCCCUACAAGUCAACAUCAUCUGCCUGCGGAGCCCUAAACGGGUCCAGUCAUCCAGGCUUUCUUGCCUUGAUUUUCUGCAUAGAGUCCGGAGACUACUGACCAGAGAGCCCUAUGUUAGAUGCUGAGGAACCAGGAAAGAUGAAGGAAUUUAUAACACAGAUUCCAGUAUGGUGGUAUGGAAUACUUAGAUGUCUCUGAAGAAACAAAAAGGA